AUGUAUUCACGACGUACAAUGCUGCUCUCAUAUUUUCUAAUAUGUUUGAUAUCGGCUUCAACUGCUUCUUACCAGACUGGUAAAGGUAGAUUUGAAAGCAUCAAUGGAAAUCGAUACACAGAUGCCAAAUCAAUGGAUGAAAAUGACACAAAAUUCUUUUUAAACCGAAAUCGUGAGCGAAUGCCACCUUCUCAUGAUACUCCAGCAUCGUCAUGUAGCUGCAAGUGUGGCGAACGAAAUGAUGAAUCAAGAAUUGUUGGAGGCAAUACUGCUAUUGUUAAUGCAUAUCCAUGGAUGGCUAGAUUAUCAUACUUUAACAGAUUUUACUGCGGUGGGAUGUUGAUUAAUGAUCGUUACGUCCUUACUGCAGCUCAUUGUGUAAAGGGUUUUAUGUGGUUUAUGAUAAAAGUCACAUUUGGUGAACAUGAUCGCUGUGAUGACAGCAUGCGCCCUGAGACAAGAUUUGUGCUAAGAGCAAUUUCGCAAAAAUUCAGCUACAGUAAUUUUGAUAAUGAUAUGGCAUUAUUAAGGCUGAAUGAUCGCGUGCCUAUUACAGAUCAUAUUCGACCUAUAUGUUUACCAACAAAUAAAGCUGAAUUAUACACCGGAAAAACAGGAAUUGUAACUGGAUGGGGAACAAUUAAAGAAGAUGGAAAACCAUCUUGUGUACUUAGAGAAGUAGAAGUGCCAAUUAUGUCAAAUCAGAAUUGUAUUGAAAGAACAAACUACACACAAAAAAUGAUAACAGAUAAUAUGCUUUGUGCUGGAUUUCCCGGAGUUGGUCAAAAAGAUAGUUGUCAAGGUGAUUCAGGUGGUCCACUAAUUGUUGAAAGAACUGAUAAACGAUACGAACUUGCUGGAAUUGUGUCAUGGGGAAAUGGAUGUGCUCGACGAGACUAUCCAGGGGUUUAUACGAGAGUUACGAGAUAUUUAGAUUGGAUCCAUGAGAAUUCAAAAGACGGUUGCGUUUGUACACAGUAA